CGGAGUAGACCAUAUCUUGUUUAGCCAGCCUAGAACACGAAGAUCAUCAGGCUCGUAGAUCCCCACGUCAUCACAAUCCCGAACAACAACAACAACAACCUCUCAGCAAUGGAAUUGAUCCCCUCAAGUCAUCACUGACGCGCAAUGGAUUUGUCCUUCCACGACAGCAAUAUAGGAUCCGAUGUCCACCGACGAUUGGGCAGCAUCAGGGCCCGAGUAGGACAGCAACCUGCAGCCUCGCAUCAGCUGAAACAGAUGCCUGGCAGAUCACCUGCUAAAGCCGCUUCUCGGCCCUUUUCUCAACUUCCCAUCUGCUCAAUCCCGUCAGUCUAACAUAUAUGCGACAAAGAACACCGUGACCCUUCUAACCCAGCUUGGAUCCGCGAUUUCACAAGACAGGCGACCCCAUUGACGAGUUCCGGCGCGCGCUUAUGUCCGGGGCGUAUUCGUCCCUGUCUCCCUCAUGUCACACCCACUGGUGGCAGCAGUGUGGGAACAGUUGGGACGUCGAGACCUAGCCAACAUCCUCCGCGAGAUUAUCGGUCAACAUGCUGUCGAUAUCGCCGUUCUCCAGGCUCAGGACGACCAGGCGUCCAAGAUCGAGCCGCUGACUCGGUCGGUGUUUUGGAUUAAGACCAUCUUUGACGCGCAGCGCACUCGUUUACAGGAAUUGGUGACAACACACGACGUGCCGACUAGCAAUCACUCGCCCUACCUACUGCCAUCAGACGCGAUCUUCUCCACUUUGAUGUACCUGGUCCAAGUCAAAUCCAAACUAUUUCCGUGUAAUAAACCGGUUGCACCGGGCCUCAUGUGCUAUCGGCACUUCAUCGCCCAUACGUUGUUGGCAGGGAUCCGAUUGCUCGUCCUUCGUGGUGAUGAUAUAUCGGCCGAGGAUAAAUUCAAUCUGGAGCGUGCAAUGGCGGCGGCGUGGCAGCAUCCAGAUCUAACGAGUGCCGAGCUGUUCUUGAUCAACGAUCUGUUACCCCGCGCGGGCGGGAAGAACCCGCCCAUCAUUCCAGGACUGGAGCGGUUGGAUGGAAAUCCGGAGACGCUGAUCACGGACCUCCUCACGGCCCUUAUCAGAAGCAAAACCGCCACACUCGCACCGUUCUGUUGGUUGUAUGAUAUAUUAUGCUCCGCAGAGUCAGCCCUCAUCCAGUGUCAUAUCAACUGGCGUCACACGUCACAGCUGGAGGGACCCUCCAGCCCUGCAGCGGACACCAUAGACGAUACACUGGACCAAGCACGCAACACCCGGACAAAACUAGUCCGGACGGUCUUAGCCGCAUUUGAUGACGAGUUCGAAGUCCCUUCUCUCCAAAUACUGUCCACGGUCAUUUUGACCCAGAAUGCCGACGGCCAUCCUCCCCUGCAGACGCGGAGGAUUCGAGAUAACUGGGCGCGCCUUGCCCCCAUGAGGGAGUUUUGGGAAGCAUCCCUAGGGCACCUGAUCCGAUGGUUGAUCAAUCGCCGAGUCCAGAUGUGGGAUUCCAACGGAGAACUUGAUGCGAACAACCACGACUACCAAGCCCAUCUGGCCGAAUGGCUCCAGGCAUCACCACUUCCGGGGGCUAGUCCUUUGGCCGAGACGCGCGCCGACAGCGUCUAUACGGUCGACUGCCCGGCGGGUCACGCAGUUCCCAGAGAAUUUUUGGACGAACGAGUAAGGUCAUCCGACCCGUGCGCUUAUGAGGUAUGAGCGCUCUCAUAUCUGAAAUUUGCAUCUGUCAGCUUCCCUCGAGCGUGAGCAGAAACCAUGCGACGAAUCCACGCUCACUUUAUACCAGAG